GUCUUAAACUCCCAGUGCCUACCAGAUGGGGAUCAUUAGUUCUUUGUCUACAAUCAUUGCUUGCUAACAAACAAAUAAUAAAAAGGAUGGCUAUCAAUGAAGAAGUUGAAAAGACAGUAAGCAAACACCCAUCUUUAAAAAAAAUGCUCUAAGCGAUAUAUUUUGGGACCGGGUACAAGGAUACAUUAUGCUUCUGGAACCAAUUGCUAACACAAUUACCUCUGUAGAAGGUGACACACCAACGAUUUCAAAAUGUCUGCAUUUAUUUAAAAAAAUGGUUAACACCUCAUUAGAAAAUGUCACUAAAAGUCCAUUGUUAUCCAAAGAGGAAGCAGAUACAAGGGCAAUUUUUGAAAAUCGGAAGAAGUUUGCUAUUUAUAGUGUUCAUUUUGUAGCUAACCUUUUGGAUCCAAAAUAUCGUGGCUGCGAACUUAGCUCAGAUGAGAUGACUGAUGCGACAGAAGUCAUAUACAAGGUAGCACAGAAGAUGCCAGAUGUCGAUGAAGCAGCCGUCUUAGCUGACGUUGUCAAUUUUAUUGCAAAAGAAGGACUAUUCAAAAAGGCUUUUCUAUGGAAUGAGGACACAAUUGCAGCUAUCCUAGCUUCACAGUCAAUCCUGCAUUAGAAUCUGAACCGGAACCAAUGAUAAUAUCCAAUUCAGAUCAGUCGGAGUCUGUCUUUGAAAGUGAUGAAGAGGAAGCUUCAGAGUCUGAAGAAAAUGCAGAUAGCGACGGGACGGAUCAGUGUUCAUUUAAGGGAUUCGGUUAAUUAAUUGAACCUUUUCAAUCAUUAAGACGUUGUUUUUUUUAUUUGAUAAAUUUUUAUUACUUAUUUUUGCUUUGAUUUUGCAAGUUAACGAAUAAACUCUUCUUAUUUUGUUUAUA